AUGGCACACUGUGUCCGUAUAUGGCGACAUCUGAAGAUGCUCAAGUGGGUGGGGUGGGGCCAUGACCCCGACGAUGUCGAGGCAACCGAGGAGGGUCAGCUCGCUGUUGAGUGCCUGGCAUGCCCGCAUCCUGGACGUAACUUACCGGAGAAUUGGGACAUGCACCACCUGACAUAUCGUGAGCCAUUCUUAAGAUCUGAUCUCACUCUCGUUUACUAA